UCACGUUUCCAUGCGUUUGUCUUCUAUACUAAAGAAAACUCGAAACCCCAUUCUCAGAUUCAUGCACAUGCACAUGCACAUGCACAUGCACAAGCACAAGCACCUCUUCUCAUUUUCUUCUCACCGGCACCAGCCACACAUUCAUGAAGGACAUGCCCUUCUUUCUCCUCAAGAACUCCUUGGGAGCCAAGAUGAAGAAAGGCAUCAAAACCUUCUGUAACAACAAUGGCUCAACCUCCACUCUCAACCAGCAAAGCAGCCAAGGUGACUUCACAAGCAAGGUAAGCUCAAGCUCCCCCUUCACAAAGCAAAACUCACCAACCCUAGAGGAUCUAAUACUACAACUAGAGUUGGAGGAAGAAAUGUCUAGAAAAGCUAAGCUUAGUGAGUAUAGUGGAAUGAGGGGUAGGAUGUCAUGUGUGAACAACUCUGACAUAUUGAGAUCUGCAAGGAAUGCCUUGAAUCAGUAUCCGCGGUUUUCACUUGAUGGAAGAGAUGCCAUGUACCGCUCUUCUUUUGGGAACAUGGAGGGAAGAAGAUCGGUUUGUAGUGAGACAAGUUUUGUUGGAGGAGAGAAUGAUUUAGAUCAUAAGGGUAUGUGCUGUUUACCCCCAACACUGGCUGGGGAAAGUGUGGUGUGGCGUAAACCAGGGGUUGUGGCAAAACUCAUGGGUUUGGAAGCCAUGCCAGUGCCCGUAAGCAGCAAAAUUUAUGACAACAAAGACAAGUUAAAUGAAGUUAUUAAGAGACAUAAUCUAAGGAGGAAAUUUGAGAGGCGUGACUUGGAGAGAAAACUGCUAGCAAUGGAGAUGCAACAGCAGGGAUACCAUAACAUCAAAAGACACAACAACUCCAAAAAUGGUUGCUGCUCUAAAAAUGGGUAUUGUAUUAUGAAGCCGGUUGCUCUGGAGGCUCUGGCUGGGAGUCCUGGAAAUUGGCAGCCACUGAGAUAUGUUUAGGCCAGAAUUAUAUACAAUAGCUUACUCUAAAACAAACUUUUGUAAUCUACUAUAAGCUUUUUACUUAUUCUAUUUGUUCAUCUCAUGCAAAUGCAAGUAAAGCCUCGUAAGGCUAAUAAUGACACAAGUUUGUUUUGAGUUUUA